AUGUAUGCGUAUUUUUGAGUGUUUGAGAGGAACCAAAGGGAGAGGAGAGACAGAGCAGGAGUCAUAGGGUGAAGAAGACAGACGAAGAAGGACUAAAAGAGAGAGAGAAAGAGAUUUUUUUUUUUGGAACUCUGCGUGACCCCCCAACGGCCUCCAGGAUGUUUAAGAGAAAGGAUAAGGACAGCACGCUCAAGGUCUCGGGCAAGAUGAACAAAACCCAGGCCAGCAACCUGCAGCUAUUGGUUGCACAGAUGCAAAAGAAUGCGGACCAGGUGGAGAAAGAUAUCCUCCGGUCUGAGGAGCUGCUGGCUGUGGAUGCUGAAAAUGACAAGAAAGAGCAGCCUUUCGAGCAUCAGGCUGAGAUUUCAGACCGCCUGGGUGAGGCUGAGAGUCUGCUCAAAGACCUCUUCCUGGACAUCGACAAGGCCAAGAAACUCAAACACCCACAGGCCAGAGAGAUCGAGAGCGAUGUCAUUGAGCUCCAUAACCGUUGGCUGAAGGACUGCGCCUUUUACCGAGAUGUCUACGAGCAGAUUGAUGACGUGUCCCUGAUGCCCAGAAUCGAGUGGGGGGCUGUUUUCAACGAGAAGCAAAAAGAUGUUAACGCUGAGGAGUAUGGCCCCUCCUUGGCGGAACUGGAGAAGCAGAUCGCUGCGCACAACAUCCUGCACAAAGAGGUGGAGGCAUACAACACACAGCUCUGUGUCAGCUCAGCAGGCAGCAAGGAGAAAUACACAGCUCUGAGGAAACAGUACAACAAUCUACUGGAUAACUCAAAGUGGCGAAAGCACUACCUGACAAGCCUGUAUGAUUACAUGCAUGGCAACAAGGAGCUGGCCUUCCUGGGAGAAGAACAAGACAAAAUCAAAAAUCAGGACUGGAGCGACCGCAUGGUGGACCCGCCUGAUGUCCGCAGGCAGUACGAGAACUUUAAGAACAACAACCUGCUGUCUCAUGAGAGUGAGGUGAACAAACUCCAGGAUGAAGGAGACAGACUUGUUGACAUGAAACAUCCUGCCAGUGCCACAAUACAGGCUCAGAGAGAUGCUCUACGAAACGAGUGGCAGAAAUUCCUCAAUCUCUGCAUUUGUCAAGAGACACACCUGGAUGUGGAGGAGUUUAAAAGGUACCAAUUGGAGACGGAGCAGCUGUCAGAGACGUUGACCAAACUCAACAGCAGCCUGGACCCAAAGACUGUCAGCAAGAAGAGCAACUCAGAGACACUGCUGCAGCUCGAGGCAGAGGAGAAGGCUGUGCAGAACAGCGCACAGCAGCUGGCCAACCUGAGGAAGAGCAGCACCACCAUCGCUCCUCUGAAGCUACGACGCAGCCCCCCAAACAGACCCAUCACACUGGAGUCCCUUUGUGACUGGGAGACAGAUAAGGCUUCCUUGGCGAGAGGGGAGAAGGUCACCCUGAAGUCUAAUCCAGACCCAGAGAACUGGGUUGUUACUGCCAAUGACGGGAUAGCAAAAACCUUCCCUGGAGUUUGCUUUCAGAUUCCUCCACCUGAUUCAGAGGCCAUCGACAAAGUGGACCUGCUAGGAGGGAACUGGAAGACAUCAAAAGAGAGAGCGGCUCUGGCUUCUUCCCUGAAGAAUAACAAAUCAGCAGUCUCCAGGCCCUUACAAUCAGGUCCACCGUCCUCUACCCCGCCGGACCCAAAAGCCUUAGCUCUGGCUCAGCAGCUGGAACAGCUGGACGGCGACCUGAACAACGCUGAGGAAAGCUUGCUGAGCCGCCUGCGUACACCACUGAAUCGCAAGGACCCAGCCGGAGAUCUGGCCAAGAGGCUGAAGGAGCAGGAGCAAGCCCUCCAGGCUCUGAAGGCCCUGGAGCAACAGAAGCAGGCAGCUCAGGCUGACCUGCAGCCCCUGUUGUCCGAGGACCCCAGCGGUACUUCCUCUGCACUGCCGCUCAAACUGAGCGCUGCCAACAACAAGCAUGACGGCAUCGCAGCCCUUGCUGACCUCUACUCCAAGAAAGCAAAUGCAUCUCUCAACUUGGAGAAUCAGAAAGAGGUAGACGGACUUGUCUCUGGAUUUGAGGACAAGAUGACUAAAGAUGGUCCAAUAACUGAUGUACCAAAUUCAGUCCAAGCCCGAGUUGAAGACAUCCAGUACCAGAGAAAGGCAGUGGCAGCAGCUCAGGACGACAUGAAGAAGCUGAGUCAGGAUCUAGAGACCACAGAGCAGCUGUCCAGCUCUCUGCAGCAAGGCUACCAGGAGUUCUGCCCAGACAUCCAGCGCCAGAGAACAGAGGUCAAGCAGCUGCAAAACCGCUACGCUAAUGUGACUAACCAGCUGAAGGAAAGAGAGAGCAUACUACAAGAAGCUGCAUCCAAAAACCAGGAGUCGAGCAAGAGCAGAUCCCUGAACUCUUUCCUGGACAACCUGCCGAAAAACCAGAUGGACCCUAAUGAUGAUCUGUCUAAGAUCUCUUCCACGCAGAGCUCCCUGGAGAGGGUGGCUGAUGACCUGAAGAGGAAGGGAGAUGACAUGGACAGAGUGACUGACCUGUCUCGAGAUCUGCAAAAUCUGCUGAGUGACUACGAAACCAAUGUUGACAAAUAUAACAGUGUACUGGAGGACUGAGCCACAAUUGCAGAGAAGCCUCGCUUGCCUACACUGGCUGAAGCUGUUCAGAAAGAGGAAAGGGAUCUGGUAAACCGUUACGCUGAAGCAACAGCUGAGAAUUCCCAACAGCAAAAGCAGAGCUUAGCUAAGAAUCUACUUUUACAAAAUGAGGAGAAAAUCACCAUGGUGGCACAGCAGCAAGUGCAGCUGGAAAACCAGCAGAGAAGUGCAGUUGAGAUAGAUUCUCUAAUGAAAGAGAUUGAUGAAGAGAAGGAGAGGACACUCCGUACCCAGAUUGACAUGAGAACCUUUAAAGAGAGGUUGAUAUCAUUGAGAAGUCGCAGAGGAGUUGAGCGUAUCGAAGAGAAAGAAGUGGUGGAGUACUACCGCGACCCAAAAUUGGAAAGUGAUUUGGCUGAUCUGCAGAACCUGCAGGAAGAGUCCCUGAGGCGUAACACCCAAACUGAGUAGGAGGUGUUCAACAAAAAAAUCAGCAUUCUAGAGGAAACCCUCAAAAACACACCAGCCAAUGUUACCAGAGAAGUGACAGAGUUUGAGAAGGAUCCACAGCUGGAUAUAGAGGCUGCUAAGAUUAGAGAUGAAAUGGCAAGGAUGAGAGAUGAAAUUAGAGUGAGGGAUGGAGACCAAGAAAUAAAGACAGAAAUCACAAUUCUCCAGCAGAAGAAGCCCCUGAUCAAAGAGAGGGUGGUGAAGUAGGAGAUAGUGAAAGUGGAACAAGACCCUCAGAUGUUGAAAGCAGUGCGAACAUUUGAGACUGACAUUUCUGAUGAGAACAACAAGGUUAGGCUCAUCAACGAUCAAAUCUUCCAGACAAGGAGCGAGAUCAAUAUACUUGAUAGGCUCAUUCCUAACAUCCAGCCCAAAAUCAUCACAAAAGAAGUGAAAAAGAUUGAACAAGACCCAGAGCUCAUUACUGAAUAGAGGAUUCGAACAGGCAUAGAGGAGGAGAUAGCUGAAAACAACUCUUUGUCGAAAGAGCUAAUGGAACUCCAAAACCGCUACAGGGAAGUUCAAAGCAGGAGACAAAAAGUUGAGGUGAAGGAAAUUGUAAAUGAGCUCUACCGGAUAGACCCCCAACACAGAGGUGGGAUAAUGCGACUCAAGAGAAUACAGGAAUUAGGCAAGCAGCGCUCUGAUAUAGAGAGAGAUGUCAUCCAGGUCACAUCUGAAGUGAAUAUCCUCAAAGCUGAGAAACCCAGUGAGAUGAAAGAAGUCCUCCAGGAUGUGGUGAAGGAGGAAAGAAGCCCUGAAAAUGAACGAGAGAUUCAUAGACUUAACAGUCAAGUUAACCAUUUAUACACCACCUACAGCACCCUUCAGGACCAAGUGCUCAACCUUCGGAGAGAAAGAGAUAAUCUGAAGGCUGAAAGGUCCAAGGUAGAGACCAAACUGAUCAACAGAGAAGUCAUUAAGUAUGAACCUGAUCCUCUGGUGGAGAAAGAAGCUGACCGUCUGAGAAAGAUGUUCGUGAGGAGGCAGGCUGAGGCGCAGCACUGAGAGAUGGUGUUUGAUCUGCAAAACAAGUACAUCCUGUUGGAGAGGCAGAAGCCUGAGGAGAAAAGUGUUGUGCAGGAGGUUUUGCGUCUACAUGGACCACGGCAGAGGGUUGAGCAUGACAGGCUCAGCAAGAGCCUGGAUGAAGAAGAGACCCGGCGUCAAACAGAGCUGGAGUUACAGCAGCUGAAAACUACGCUUGAAGAUAGUGAGGUCCUCAGAGAGAGCAAUGAACAUCAAAAGAGGAUUCAAGUCGAGUCUGAACUCAAGAGAGAUUCGAAUUCGCAUCAACAGUUGGAAAAUGCCCCACCUCCUGUUGAGGAAAGUAUCAUUGUUAGGAGGUAACUAAAGGUUGAAAGAGACCCGAGACUGGACAGACUUACGAACGGACUGCGGUCAGACAUGGAAAGAACCAGUGAUAUCCUGCGUCUCCAGAGAGAGAUCCGUAGCAUCACUCUAAGGCUUGAGAUCCUGCAGAUGGAGAAGUCUGGAGAGAAGACAGUGUACAAAGAAGUGGUCCGUGUUGAAAAAGACCAGGCUGUCGAAGCAGAGAGGGAUCGCCUGAGGGAACAGGUGUCUCAGAGUAGAUUUGGCCAGACAGGACCUAGAAUGAGAUCAGGCGACUCAAUGAAAAGAUCAACUUUCAAUGAGCAGCAAGUCCACUCCUCAAGAGAGGGUACGUCCCUCACUCUGAACAGAGAUGCCUUACUGAGGGAGAAGGACAACCUUACUCGGGAGCUCAGAACACUCGAGGCCAAAAGACAAGACACCAGCAUAUCCUUCCAGCAGCAGAGCAAGCUAAUGAGUGAGAGAACACAGACCAACCGGCAGAAUAGCCAGUUGGGGUCUGACGUCCAGUGUCUGGAGAGGGAGAUCCUGGAUGAAAAAGACAUUAUCCAUAUUCGAGACAGCACCAUCCGGGACCUUCUGAUGAGCCUUCAGAAAGAGGAGUUUGCAGAGACCAGAACAAAAGAGACCAAUGUCUCCACUAUCACCAUCUUGGACCCAGACACAGGCAAAGACAUCCCCUAUGAUGCCUACCUACAGGGUAUGAUGAUCGCGUCCCAGUACAUUCAUCUGCAGGAGCUGGAGUGUGACUGGGAGGAGAUCACCUCCAUGGGACCUGAAGGGGAUAUAUCUGUACUGCAGGACCAGAGUGGGAAACAGUACUCCAUCAAAGAAGCCCUGAAGUCAGGCAGGCUGACAGAGGAUCAACUACAGCAGUACAAACAGGGCAGGCUUCCCAUCUCAGAGUUUGCCUUGCUGGUUGCCGGCGACACCAAGAAGCAACCUAAGUUCACCUCAAUCUCUUCAAAGACCAUCACAACGGUGAAAUCUUCAGCCACAGACUUCUCCACCGCUAAAGAAGGUUCCCCAAUAGCUGGAGUAAUUGAUAUAAACACUGACACAUGCUACCCAAUACGCAAUGCAACCCUGCGCAAACUGAGACCUACAACCGCCCAAAGACUUCUGGAGGCUCAGGCAUCAACCGGCGGCAUCAUUGACAUCAGCAACAAUGAGAAAUGUACAGUUCAAAAGGCAGCUUCCAGAGGCCUCAUUGAAGACAGCCAACUUCAGAGGCUACAUGCUCAAAAGGCCUUCACUGGUGUUGAAGAUCCCAUGAAGGAGUGUUUAUCUGUGGGAGAAGCUGUCCAGAAAGGCUGGAUGCCAAAAGACAAAGCCAUUCCCUACAUGGAGGCACAGCACCUGACCGGAGGCCUGGUCAAUCCCAGCACAGGUCGUCGAGUAAGCAUCAUGGAUGCCUUUGCGAGCAAGAUGAUCGACAGCACACUAAUGAGGGAGCUGCAGGCCGAAUCAACUUAUAUCAAGGAUAUUGUAGACCCAAUCACAAAGGAGAAGAUCAACUAACAAGCUCUGGAAAGCUGUAAGAGAGAUCCCACCUCAGGCUUACCUAUGCUGCCCGCCUCCUCCAAAGAGUCUGGUUACAACUCAGGCACCAACUCAAACAGAUUUGUAAGAUUCUAGAUGUAUGUUUACAAUAUACUUUGAGUUGUGUUGUCUUUAGAGUGCUGUGGUAAAAAAAUCCACUUUUAGAUAAUGGGAAAUACAUUAAAAAAAACAUGACUUGCUAUGUAAAAUAGUAAGUAAUGUAUUUGACUCAGGAAACGUCUUCUACUGCAAAGCUGUCUGUCUGCCAAAAAUGAUUGCUGCUGAGCUGCUUUGUUUACCAAACCUGUGUGAUGUGGGCGGAUGUGUUUUGAAUUAAUUUAAAGAACAAGAAUAUGAAUGCAUUUUAUCUGCAAUGUUAUGUUAUUUGGGAUACUGGGACAUGGUGCAAUGCUAUUUACAAAGAUUGAUUUGAAUCUUGUAUUACACUUGGGCUAUCCUUGACAUUGUUCACUUUAACUCAAUCUUGUUUGAUACUUCAUGAAGAAAAAAGUAUAUAUAUCAUAAAUUUAAAUUAUAAUGGA